AUGCUUGCUGCUCGACCCGCCACCCGCGCCGCCUCGCGGCUUGCUGCGCAGUUGCGCGCCCCCGCUCAGCGACGCUUUGCCAGCACCGCCGAGAACGAGUUCAUCAAGGAGCGCCAGCAUAUCAAGGAGCACGCCAAGGGCACCACUGAGCUGUGGAAGAAGAUCUCCAUUUACGCCGUCAUCCCCGCCCUGGCUCUCUCUGGUGCCAACGCCUGGUACCUUUGGAAGGCUCACUGGGAGCACUGGAACCACAUGCCUCCUCUGGAGGAGCGCACCGAGUACCCAUACCAGAACAUUCGCACCAAGAACUAUCAGUGGGGCGAUGGAGACAAGACCUUGUUCUGGAACGAGUCGGUCAACUACCACAACAAGGACAAGGUCGCGUGA